CGGAAGGUGAUAAACAAUGGAUCAUCUGCAGGACUCAUCACGAACCAGGAUUAUUCCUCCCUCCGACCGUGUGUGGGUGGGUGUGCCAGCGCAUACAUACGCACAUACAGUUACAGUGGUGACAUGCAGAUACCGGAGGGUGCGGGAAGGGAAGGAAGAGAGAAGGUUUCAUGCAAGACUUCCCCCUCCAUGUGACAUCACGACUGGCUCCCUCCAAUCGACGCGAUCCCAGGCAGGCAGAUCUGGGAAAGCAAGUUGGGAGCACUGCAGUCCGCACGGAGGGGGACAAGAGGGGAGAGGGGAAGGAGAUAGCAUCAUCCUCCCCCCCAUUCACCGUAUCUAAAUAAAGUUGCAGACAGCCUUUCUGGAGCACGAGCACUUAGAGCUGCAGGAUUAGCCCAAUCAGGGGCCCCAUCACCACUUGAGACCCCGCAGCAGCGCUUCCUGCUGGCCCGCCAAGGCUGUUGUUGAUACUCGACCAUUUUGACGCGGACCACUAGCAGUUAUUGUUGACACUUGCAAGAGCGCCCGACGCUGAUGCCCGGUCCGCGGACGUGUCUGGGCUGCCUGGCCGACAGAUAACAGCGCAUGUCAUGGCCGCUCAGGUGACGGAGAAGCCCGUCAACAACAUCCCCGUCUCCACCGAAAGAUCCGAGGUAAGAGGACUACUAGCCGGUUUAGCACGGCUCGCUUUUCACGCGGGCGACGGUCCAGAUCAGUUCCCGGCGCCUAUAAUCAGACAAAUAGACACUCAGUAGAUCCUUCAGCCGCACAAGAACUCCUUUCCCCCUCACCCUCUUCCAAGUCAAUCAAUCAUCUAAUUUAAUACCCUUAAAGUGGUGUCGCCUUGAACUUAGUCUGUACAAUCAAUGCCUACCCACCCGCCCUCAAUAAAGGCGGAACCGACUGUCACUCUAGCGAUAUUGAUUCAGAUAGUUCUUGGGGCUAGCGCCCUUCCUGGCGCGUAGACACCGCAGAUGAGCCGCAUUUUCCGGCUAUCUUCGCUCAAGGGGGUUGACUGUGUCGCUCAAUCGG